AUGGCUUCUUGGUGUAUCUGCAUAGUUUUGUCUCUUUUGUCAUCGGUUUCUUCCAUUAGCGCUGCAACAAUCGUGGUUGAUCAGUCGAAUCAGGGCAGUUUCACAACCGUGCAAGCAGCCAUUAAUUCUGUUCCUUCCGGCAACAUUGAAUGGACUAUCAUUAACAUCAGAGAAGGCAUUUACCGGGAACAAGUGAUUAUUCCUUACGAUAAGCCAUUCAUAAUCCUGCAAGGAACAGGAAUUCAAACCACCAUUAUUUCGUGGAAUGGUCAUGGCCCCAUUGACCGAGACGCUACUUUCAAUUCUGAAGCUAACAACACGAUUGUUCGGGACAUAUCGUUCGUUAAUUCUUACAACACUCCCCCAAAAGUUAAUACGAAUCCAAUGGUAAGGGCGGUGGCAGCUCGGAUUAAAGGCGACAACUCGGCCUUCUACCGUUGUGGAUUCUUCGGAUUGCAGGACACACUGUGGGAUGUUGAAGGCAGGCAUUACUACGAACGCUGCACCAUCGAAGGUGCCGUAGAUUUCAUCUUUGGUGCUGGCCAAUCCUUGUUUGAGAGCUGUGCCAUAUCAGUAGCCGCGGGAGCUCUAAACGGACCAGGAUUCAUCACGGCUCAAAGAAGAGAGAAGCCUAAUGAUACGAACGGGUUCGUGUUCAAAAACUGCGUUAUAGUUGGGGAGGGCAAGGUAUAUCUUGGAAGGCCGUGGGGAAAGUACGCUAGAGUCCUAUUCUACAACACGCAAAUGGCGGACAUCAUUGUCCCUCAAGGAUGGGAUGCUUGGACAAGCGUCGGCCAAGAGAAUCUGUUGACGCUGUCAGAGUAUAACAGUCAGGGUCCAGGUUCGAAUAGUUCCAUGAGAGUUGGGUGGGCAAAGAAGCUAAGUGAUGAAGAGGCUAACAAGUUAGCCACAGUUUCCUUCAUUAAGUGA